AUCUCAGCGCGCCCGGGGCAGUAGAGGAGAUGGUGGCCCAAGCGUGGCGCCGGGCGCUAUGCGCCGGGCUCUGCCCUGGGGCCCCACGCCGCCUGCAUGGCUGGGGCAGCGCCGCCUUCUCCUCUCGCUCGCCGUCAUCAAGCACCAAUGAUGGGUUUCUAAAAGAAAAACGUGCCCAAAUCAUGUCUCGAGGACUUCCAAAACAAAAGCCAAUAGAAGGAGUUAAGCAGGUAUUGGUUGCUUCUGGGAAAGGGGGAGUUGGAAAGUCAACAACAGCAGUAAACAUAGCCCUUGCAUUAGCAGCACAUGAUUCGACAAAAGCAGUUGGUUUGCUUGAUGCAGAUGUAUAUGGCCCUUCAAUUCCAAAAAUGAUGAAUUUGAAAGGAAAUCCAGAAUUAUCACCAAAAAACUUAAUGAGACCCCUUAAGAACUAUGGCAUUGCAUGUAUGUCAAUGGGUUUCUUGGUAGAAGAGAGUGCACCAAUUGUGUGGAGAGGACUCAUGGUAAUGUCAGCUAUAGAGAAAUUGUUGAGACAGGUAGACUGGGGUCAACUGGACUACUUAGUAAUUGAUAUGCCACCUGGAACAGGAGACGUACAGUUAUCGGUCUCACAGAAUGUUCCAGUUACAGGGGCAGUGAUUGUUUCCACUCCACAAGACAUCGCUUUACUGGAUGCAUGCAAAGGAGCUGAGAUGUUUCGAAAAGUCCAUGUGCCUGUUUUGGGACUUGUCCAAAAUAUGAGUGUUUUCCAGUGCCCGAAAUGUAAACAUGAGACCCAUAUUUUUGGAGCUGAUGGUGUGAGAGAUCUAGCAAAAACCCUUGGACUAGAUGUUUUAGGAGACAUUCCAUUGCAUGUUAAUAUAAGAGAGACAUGUGAUGCCGGCCAGCCUAUUGUCAUCUCACAGCCUCAAAGUGACACGGAUGAGUGCAGCGCUAUUCACAGCACUGGAGGGUUUUCAACUCUGAGGCUGCAGGCAAGUAAAUCGGACCGAAAUAUGACCUACAAGCAGACAGUCAGCUUGGCGUGUGUUGCAGCUGAGCUUCAGGUGCGAGGCUAUCCACCUGCAAUGGUUUGGAAGAAGGGGUAUGUUGUCAGAGCAACUCAUACCUCUUCUGCACUUGUAGAUGUGUGAACUACAUCCAUCUAAUAUCCUGAUUGCUCAGCUAAGGGGAAAUGAUCUGGGGGCCUGCCUUGGGGUAAAUUUGUGAAUAAGGAUUCAGAGGGGCAUGGGAUGGAGUAGACUGACAGAGCAUGAGAUUAAUUCGGUCAGAAAUGUUUGUGGGGUGAGUAUGGCAAGGCAUGGUCAAACCAGCCCAUGGGGUUAGGGCUUGGAAGAGCAUGAACUGUGAUGUUGCCAGAGUCAUCUUUGGACAUGGGGUGGCUCAGGGACAUCUGGUAUCAUGUGCCUGAACUACUUAGAUGUGAUAGAGUGCCCUUGUUGGACAGAGGGUCUGGCAUUUGGCUUGGAGACUUUAGGAACUGGAUUAGGCAUGAAUACAUCACAGACUGUGGGAUGAAGAUGUGACCACACUAAUUACUGGCACCCCGAAUGUGCCAGUGCAGAUACAGGCU